CCCGCGGCCGAGGGGACAGCGGGGCGCUGCUUCUAAGUCUGGCCGUCGGGUCGGGCCAUGGAGGCGGAGCCGCCGCUCUACCCCGUGGCGGGAGCCGCGGGUCCGCAGGGCGACGAGGACCCACUCGGGGUCCCGGACGGGCAGGCGGCCCCGCUGGACGAUCUAGUGGGCGCGUACCCCAACUACAAUGAGGAGGAGGAGGAGCGCCGCUACUACCGCCGCAAGCGCCUGGGCGUGCUCAAGAACGUGCUGGCGGCCAGCACCGGCGGCUCUCUCACCUACGGCGUCUACCUGGGCCUCCUGCAGAUGCAGCUAAUUUUGCACUAUGACGAGACCUACCGCGAGGUCAAGUACGGCAACAUGGGGCUGCCCGACAUCGACAGCAAGAUGCUCAUGGGUAUCAACGUGACGCCCAUCGCGGCCCUGCUCUACACGCCUGUGCUCAUCAGGUUUUUUGGCACCAAGUGGGUGAUGUUCCUGGCUGUGGGCAUCUACGCCCUCUUUGUCUCCACCAACUACUGGGAGCGCUACUACACACUUGUGCCCUCCGCCGUCACCCUGGGCAUGGCCAUCGUGCCCCUGUGGGCCUCCAUGGGCAACUACAUCACCAGGAUGGCCCAGAAAUACUACGAGUACUCCCACUACAAGGAGCAGGAGCAGGGCCCUCAGAAUCGCCCACCGCGGGGCUCCCAUGCGCCCUAUCUCCUGGUGUUCCAGGUCAUCUUCUAUGGCUUCUUCCACCUGAGUUUCGCCUGCGCCCAGCUGCCCAUGGUCUACUUCCUGAACCACUACCUGUAUGACCUGAACCACACGCUGUACAACGUGCAGAGCUGCGGCACUAACAGCCACGGCAUCCUCAGCGGCUUCAACAAGACGGUUCUGCGGACGCUGCCGCGGAGCCGAAACCUCAUCGUGGUGGAGAGCGUGCUCAUGGCGGUGGCCUUCUCGGCCAUGCUGCUGGUGCUCGGCCUGUGCGGCGCUGCCUACCGCCCCACGGAGGAGAUCGACCUGCGCAGCGUGGGCUGGGGCAACAUCUUCCAGCUGCCCUUCAAGCACGUGCGCGACUUCCGCCUGCGGCACCUGGUGCCCUUCUUCAUCUACAGCGGCUUCGAGGUGCUCUUUGCCUGCACUGGCCUCGCCCUGGGCUAUGGCGUGUGCUCGGUGGGGCUGGAGCGCCUGGCGUACCUUCUCGCGGCUUACAGCUUGGGUGCCUCGACCGCCUCAGUCCUGGGCCUGCUGGGGCUGUGGCUGCCGCGCUCGGUGCCCCUGGUGGCCGGGGCCGUGCUGCAGCUGCUGCUCACCCUCUGCCUCUUCUUCUGGGCACCUGUGCCUCGGGUCCUGCAACACAGCUGGCUCCUCUAUGUGGCAGCUGCCCUCUGGGGUGUGGGCAGCGCCCUCAACAAGACCGGGCUCAGCACGCUCCUGGGGAUCCUGUAUGAGGACAAGGAGAGGCAGGAUUUCAUCUUCACCAUCUACCACUGGUGGCAGGCUGUGGCCAUCUUUGCCGUGUACUUAGGCUCCAGCCUACCCAUGAAGGCCAAGCUGUCGGUGCUGGUGCUGACGCUGGUGGCGGCCGUGACUUCAUACCUGUGGAUGGAGCAGAAGCUGCAGCGAGGGGUGGUUCCGCGCCAGCCCCGCAUCCCGCGGCCCCAGCACAAGGUGCGUGGCUACCGUUACCUGGAGGACGACAAUUCAGACGCAAGCGACGCGGAGGACGAGCGCGGCCACGACGGCGGCGGCGGCGGCCCGGGGGACGGCGCGGAGGAGGAGGCGCCGUCUGCAGGGCCCCGGCCCGGCCCGGAGCCUGCUGGCCUCAGCCGCCGGUCCUGCCCCUACGAACAGGCGCUGGGAGGCGACGGGCCCGAGGAGCUGUGAGCGACCUGGGAGGCCUGGCCGGGAUCAGCCUCCCGGCUCGCCAACCUCAGUUUACCGGGUCUCAGGUCGGGGGCUCCAGGAGCCCUCUGAUUCCUGCCGCAUCUUCAGUUCCCGCCCUCUGUGUUCGGGGACGCCCCUCUCGGAGCUGGGGUCACCCAGAACUUGGGGUCCUAGCUGGGCCCUCCCCCCACCCCUCCGCUUUGAAGCGGGUGGGGCCUUGGGAUACUAGGCCGGGUCUGGGGUUGGAAAGACAGCACAGCGGAAACCCGGAGGCCGCUCUCCACGCCCCCCCGCCUCCCCCAGGCCCACCCCGCCGCAGCCGCGCCUUCCACGAAGGCAGUCUCUGCGCGUGCGGCCAUCACGGCCUAAGGUGCCCGCGCCGCCUGGGCGCAGGACUUGCCGGCCCUUCCCCGUCCCCUCUCCGCGGUGCCUACCACCCUCAAUACGCUCAGCCCUCACUUGUCCCCGACCAGGGUGGGGUCUUCUUGCAGUCAUCCUCCUCCCUCCUGCUCUGGGUCCCAGCCAUGGGCCACGCAGGACCCACCCGCGCUUUGCGCUUCCUGUCCCCACUGGCCGCCAAAAGGUGUGACUUUUUAUAGAUGAGGAGCAAUAAAGAGAUUUUGUAUUGUCCCAACUGGGCGUCCCGGGCCGUGGGGG